AAAAGCUAUAAAACAAAGAAAAAGCAGCUUAUAUUUAGAGAAAAAGAAAAAGAAAAAGAAAAAAAAAAAGACUAAGAAAGAGAAGAAGCUAAUUAAUCGAUGGCUUAUUUAUGUUCAGAAACUUUCAUUCUCUUUAUAAUCUCUAUCUUCAGUUCCAUAUGUCUUUCAUUUUCUACUCCUUUCAUAUUAUUGCAUGGGAUUGGACAGUCGUGCAACGAUGCAGCAACUACAUUUUAUACGUCACAACUCAGCCUCUUGUCGAAAUCUAACGGAUACUGCUUAGAAAUUGGAAAUGGAGCAUUUGAUUCUACUAGCAUGCCUCUAGAAAAUCAGGUUCAAAUUGCUUGUGAAAAGGUGAAGGGAAUGAAUGAACUUCAACAAGGUUACAACUUAGUUGGUCUCUCACAGGGAAAUAUGGUAGCUAGAGGGCUUAUAGAGUUUUGUGAUGGAGCACCGCCAGUCAAGAAUUUUAUCUCAAUAGGUGGACCUAAUGCUGGUGUUGCUGUCUGCACUGGUGGAGCUUGGUGUGCUGAAGCUGGUGGUGUUGGAAUAUACUCCGAUUAUGUUCAAGCUCAUUAUGCUCCUAGUGGCUAUACCAAGCUUCCAAAAGAUAUUGCUGGAUAUUUGAAAGGUUGUAGGUAUCUACCAAAGCUUAAUAAUGAAAUUCCUAAUGCAACUAAUCCCAUUUAUAAGCAACGUUUCACCAGCUUGAAGAACCUUGUACUUAUCAUGUUUGAAAAUGAUAGUGUGAUAAACCCAAAAGAAAGUUCUUGGUUUGGCUUUUAUCAAGAUGGAACAUACUCUCAAAUUUUGCCACCUCAACAGACUAAUCUUUAUGUAGAGGAUACGUUUGGAUUACAAACAUUGGAUAAAGCUGGAAAAGUGAAGUUCAUAAAGUUACCAGGAAUUCACCUUGGAAUGGAUAUUCAAGAAAUGCAGCAAUAUGUUGUCCCGUAUUUGAUUGAAUAAAGAUGCUGCUCAAGUGGUCCACUGAUUAAAAAAAAAUUAUAAUUUA